AUGCUGUCCCCUGGGCAGCGUGUGGAACUGGACACCAAAAGGAAUCAGAACCAAGAUGACCUGAGGGCCCUGCAGAAGGAUCGCAGCCUCUCUGAAGAUGUGACGGUUUGCUUCAAGAGCAUGUUUAUCAAGAUGCUGCACCCUCAGACCAAAGGAAUGAUUGGUAAAGAUCAGGAUCAUCUGGAUAAAGAAAUAGACAAACUGGGAAAACAAUUUAAAGUGGAGAUCAGCCGCCUCUUUGGAGCCAAAAGCAAACCAGAGCUGAAGGGCUAUAACCUGAACCUCCUCAAUCAGGAUGAGCUUAAGGCUCUCAAGGUCAUCCUGAAAGGAUAA